UGAAAGUUAGAGUUGAGCAACAAAACCUGCCAUUUCCCAGCUAAUGCAGAAAUUGUAGGGAUUAACACCGAGAAACUGAAACGGGAUCUAAUGCCACAUUGUUCUCCCCCGCAAAAAUCAACCUCUUCUCCCCCACAUCGAUCGCCCAUCACCGUGCUAACCUAAAACAGACACGGGCCGACGCCAUAUUGACGGAGCAAAAUGGCUGCUGGGAACAUUAGCUAACAGUUACCCAGCUAGCUACAAGCUGCUCCGUCCACCUCUACCUUCCCAUUGACUGCAGGAUGAUAACAGCGGGAAAGGCAUAUUAGUAAGAAGGGCACAAGGCCAUUGAAACUCCAAGGGGGAAAACUCUGCUAUUUGACAAUGAUCAAGUUUCUGCUGAUGGUCAACAAACAAGGGCAGACUCGACUGUCCAAAUACUACGAGGACAUAGACAUGGCCAAGAGGGCUUCUUUAGAGGUGGAUGUCAUCAAGAGCUGCCUUUCACGAAGAAAAGAUGAGUGCUCUUUUGUGGAAUACAAGGACUAUAAGCUAGUAUAUCGCCAAUAUGCUGCCCUCUUCAUUGUUGUCGGGGUCAGUGACACUGAGAAUGAGCUUGCAGUUUAUGAACUGGUACACAAUUUUGUGGAAGUACUGGAUAAGUAUUUCAGCCGUGUGAGUGAGCUGGAUAUCAUGUUCAACCUGGAGAAAGUACAUAUCAUCCUGGAUGAGAUGAUUCUGAAUGGACAUAUUGUGGAGACCAAUAAGACCAGCAUCCUCACUCCGUUACUGGUUCUGGAUAAAGUGGCAGAGACUUAGCAUGAGAGCUGAAGUGCAAAGUCAUUUGCAUGGCUACUUGGCUACAUAUAUUAAUCUGGAAAUAAAUAAAAUUGAGUAAUA